AUGAGUCCCUUUCGGGUUGUCUAUGGUAAGGCAUGCCACCUUCCGGUGAAAUUUGAGCACAAAGCCUAUUGGGCGGUGAAGCAUUGUAAUAUGGACAUCACCAAGGCGGGUGUAGCCCGGAAAUUGCAACUGGAGGAGCUUGAAUGUCUUAGAAUGGAGGCAUAUAAGAAUGCCCGGAUUUAUAAGGAAAAGACUAAGGCAUUCCAUGAUCACCAUAUUCGGAAGAAGGAUUUUCUAGAAGGUGACGAAGUUCUCCUCUACAACUCAAGGCUUAGAUUCAUGCCUGGAAAGCUCCGUUCAAGAUGGGAAGGUCCUUUCAAGGUGAAGGAGGUUAAGCCCUAUGGUGUGGUCGAAUUGUUUGACCCUCAAAGUGAGGCAACCUUCAAGAUUAAUGGCCAUAGAGUGAAUAAAUACCAUGGCUACAAGUCACCCAAGGAAGUGGAAGUGCUCCUACUUGAGGAUACACCAAAAGGAGAGGAAGCUUAA